CACAUUUGGUUAGGGAAUCUUAUGAACAGAAUCAGGACAGGGAGGUCUGCCGGAGGUUCCUGCAGAGGGAGCAUCCUCCUGGGAGCCAGCAGAGUUGCCCAGCAUGACCACUGGCAGGAGCGAGGGGGCUGACCCACUUGCUCCCAUCAGCUUCUGAAGCAGGUGCCUGUGUUUGUCAGACAGCUAGCCAGGCUGGCUACUGUUUUAGCUCCAAAGUCCAGAGGAACAAAUAACUAGGUCCAGAGACAUGGACACGUCGCCAGAUAUGUGGUGCAUUGUCUUGUUUUCUCUUUUGGCAUGUGUUUAUGCUGAACCUACCAUGUAUGGGGAGAUCCUGUCCCCUAACUAUCCUCAGGCAUACCCCAAUGAGAUAGAGAAAUCUUGGGAUAUAGAAGUUCCUGAAGGGUAUGGGAUUCACCUCUACUUCACUCAUCUGGACAUAGAACUGUCAGAGAACUGCGCAUAUGACUCAGUGCAGAUAAUGUCGGGAGGCACCGAAGAAGGGAAACUCUGUGGGCAGAGGACCAGCAAGAAUCCCAACUCCCCAAUUGUGGAAGAGUUCCACGUCCCAUACAAUAAACUCCAGGUGACUUUUAAGUCAGACUUCUCCAAUGAAGAGCGGUUUACUGGGUUUGCUGCAUAUUAUGUUGCCACUGACGUAAAUGAGUGCACAGAUUUUGCAGAUGCCCCUUGUAGCCACUUCUGCAACAACUUCAUUGGUGGUUACUUCUGUUCCUGUCCUCCAGAGUACUUCCUCCACGAUGAUAUGAGGAAUUGUGGAGUCAACUGCAGUGGGGAUGUGUUUACUACCUUGACUGGGGAGAUUGCAAGUCCCAAUUAUCCCAAUCCAUAUCCAGAGAACUCAAGGUGUGAAUAUCAGAUCCAGUUGGAGGAGGGGUUCCAAGUGGUGGUCACUGUGCGGAGAGAAGAUUUUGAUGUGGAACCAGCAGACUCAGAGGGGAACUGCCAUGACAGUUUAGUUUUUGUUGCAAGAAACCAACAAUUUGGUCCUUAUUGUGGUAAUGGAUUCCCUGGACCUCUGACUAUUGAAACUAGGAGUAACAUUCUUGAUAUCAUAUUUCAAACUGAUCUAACGGGGCAAAAAAAAGGAUGGAAACUUCGUUACCAUGGAGAUCCAAACCCCUGUCCGAAAGAAGUCACUGCCAAUUCUUUCUGGGAGCCUGAAAAGGCCAAAUAUGUGUUUAAAGAUGUGGUGAAGAUAACCUGUCAGGAUGGGUUCGAAGUUGUAGAGGGAAGUGGUGGCUCAACAUCUUUCAAUUCGACUUGUCAAAGCAAUGGAAAAUGGAGUAAUUCUAAACUGAAAUGUCAACCUGUGGACUGUGGUACUCCUGAACCCAUUCAACAUGGUAAAGUUGAAGAUCCAGAAAAUACUUUAUUUGGUUCUGUCAUUCGCUACACUUGUGAGGAACCAUAUUACUACAUGGAACAUGAAGAAGGAGGGGAGUAUCGUUGUGCCGUGAACGGGAGCUGGGUGAACGAAGUGCUGGGCACAGAGCUGCCAAAAUGUGUUCCAGUUUGUGGAGUCCCCAGUGAGCCCUUGCCAAUCCAACAGAGGAUAUUCGGAGGAUUCCGUGCAAAGAUCAAAAAUUUCCCUUGGCAAGUCUUCUUUAAGGAUCCAUGGGCUGGUGGGGCUCUCAUUGAUGAGUAUUGGGUGCUGACGGCUGCCCAUGUUGUGGAGGGAAACCCUGACCCACCUAUGUAUGUCGGGUCCACCACUGUGCAAACCUCACAUCUGAACAAUGCCCAGAUGCUGACCGCCGAACGUGUGAUUAUUCAUCCGGGUUGGAAACCUGUGGAUGACUCAAGCUCACGAACGAAUUUUGACAAUGAUAUUGCGCUGGUGCAGCUGAGGGACCCUGUGAAGAUGGGACCAAAUGUCUCCCCCAUCUGCCUGCCAGGCACCUCCUCAGAAUACAACCCCCCACUGAGAAAACUAGGAAUGAUCUCAGGUUGGGGUCGAACUGAGAUAAGAGAUCAUGUUAUCCAACUCAGAGGGGCAAUAUUACCUGUAGCUCCCUUAGAAAAGUGCCGAGAGGUGAAAGGGGGAAAUUCCAAAGUGGACCCAGCUGCGUAUGUUUUCACUGACAACAUGAUCUGUGCUGGAGGACAGAAGGGUGUUGACAGCUGUCAAGGGGACAGUGGUGGGGCUUUUGCUAUUCAGGACCCCAAUGAAGAUAACCCCAAAUUCUAUGUAGCUGGCCUGGUGUCCUGGGGACCCAAGUGUGGGACCUAUGGGAUCUACACAAAGGUUAAGAACUAUCUUGCCUGGAUAAAGAAAACCAUGCAGGAAAAUAGUCCUUCUAUUAAGGAUUAAUCCAUGCAUACACCACCCGCUUCUCCAAUGAAUAUGAUCUACUCACUGCUUUCAGUUCCUCACAAUAUUCUCAUUAUUUCACCAUGACUGAGAGAAGACAAGGGAGUAUCAUUGAGAUAGAACUUGAUUGUCAAGGUGCCUGACUGGAUGGUAGAACUAUGUUGGCUAUUCACUUGUGGCCUGAGUACCUGUUACAGAUCCAACAUGGAGGGGCACAUCUGUCUUGCACUCUUCGGCAGGGAUACCUUAAUUUUUUUUUGGUUCUUCUUUCACUGAAGUUGCAUUUGCUUUAUCAUUCUCAGUAUCCAUUAUCUACUUACAAUAAAGCAUGUUUAUAAUCCAA